AUAUCGGCGCACUCAAAUUUAAGUGUCUGCUGGGUUGACCACGGAGAUCCGAGUAUCUGCUGAUUUGACCGCAGUCCAAAAACAUACAUGUCUGUCGUGUACAUAGCAGAACUUGUCAUUUAUGAGUUUACUCAGAGAGAGUUAUAGAGCAUAUUUGGUUUAAUAAAAUAUUGUGUCGAAUCUGUUGUUCUCGUUCACAGUCAGCAGAGCAAGAUGGCGGCCCCUACUAAACAGUACGGGCUGAUCUUGUCACAGAAGAAAGGAGUGCAGAGCCUGCAGAAACACUCGGUGUUCGAGGAUGACUCGGACGAUGAGGCCACAGUUGGGGAGACUCUGCAGAAAGAGGCUGUCAAAAAGAAGAUGAUGAAGCAGACCCGUUUGGAGAUGCACAAGGCCCUGGAACAGGACAGCACUGUGUAUGACUACGAUGGUGUGUACGAUGACAUUCAGAAACAGAGACUUGAGACCAACAAAAAAAUGCUGGGAGGCGCUGACAAAAAGCCAAAGUACAUCCACCAAUUAAUGAGAGCAGUUGAGGACCGAAAGAAAGAACAAGAACGAAGGGAUGAGAGGAAGAUCCAGAAGGAGAGAGAGGCAGAAGGAGAGCAGUUUGCAGAUAAAGACGCUUACGUUACGUCCGCCUACAAACUCAAACUGCAGGAGCAGAAGGAGGAGCUGGAGAAAGAAAAAAGAGUGGAAGCGAUGGAAGCGGCUUUGGACGUGAAGAAACAAAAAGAUCUGAGCGGCUUCUACCGCCACCUGCUGAAUCAGACUGUAGGAGAGGAGGCGAUACCGGAUUGCUCAGCCAACAAAACUGAAAACACAAAGGUUUCAAAAGACACAGAGACGACUUCACCCGUUCCCUCAUCUACGUCCCGUGACAAUGUUCCAAGCUCAGGCAGCGACAGCGAGGAGGGGCAUGAGCCGAAAUCUGAAUUUAGCAAGCCUGGGGCAGGCUCUGCACACUCAAAACGCCAAUAUAGACAGAGGUCACCUUCCUCAGGGAGCGGAGAGGAGAAGGAGAGAGAGAAGGAGAGAGAGAGACAAAAGAAGAGGCACAGAGAUCAAGAGAGGGACCGAAACAGGGGAAGGGAAAGGGACGACCGACACGGGGGGAGGAGAGACGACAGGGACGGAAGGAGAGACGACAGGAGAGACGACAGGGACGGAAGGAAAGACAGGAGCAGAGGCAGAGAAGACGACAGGAGCAGAGGCAAGGAUACAGACAGGGAAGACAGGCAUGGGAAGAGGGAGAGGAGCCCGAAGGAAAGAGAGAGGGAUAGGAAUGGGGAAAGAGAAAAGAGAAGGAAUCAAGAGGAGGACAAGCGUAAGGACAAAGAUCAGGAAGAAGAGAAGGAGAGAAAGAAGCAGCCAGAGAACGAGAAGGCAGUGAAGGGGGACGAAAAAGAUCCAGAAAAGAAGGAAGCAGUCGGAGAACCGAGCACAGAAAAUAAAGAUGAAGAGAAAGAGAAAGGCGAGGAGAAAGAGGAUAUGGAGGAAAAGGCGAACAAGUUUGCCAAGCGCUGCACGGAUCAUACCGUUAGCACGGCGAGGGACAGGUACAUGGCCAGACAGAUAGCACGCUCGUCCUGUAAGACGUAUAUAGAGAAGGAGGACUGAGAGCUGUGCAGCACAGUGUAGAAGAUACGGCUUCUGUUAUUUUACGUCUUUGUUUUUCAACAAAUCCUAUGAAAAUACCAAAAACCAACAUUGAGUUAGUGUAUUCUACUGUCAACACCUUCCGACUUCCAAGCCCACUGGUGACUGAAGAUGUAAAUCUUUCAAAACUUUUCAAGGCUCACUGAUUUUGCUAAACAGCUGAGCACUGUAGUUUUUGCAAGCUUUCUUCUAUCAGGAAUAAAUAUGUGUUAUAUUGCU